AUGUCUCUCUCCUGCUGCUUGUCGGCGAAUCCGGUGGCGGCCCUGGCAGCCACCUGCUUCGGUCGAGGCAGAAGCGCGAGCUGUCGAGGCGGCUCCGAGGCGCGCCUACGCAUGCGGUACUGUACCUGCUCGCAGGCGUCUUCGGAGAGCUGUCAGGAAGCGUCAGGCAACUCCAUGUUGAGCGCAGAGAGCAAGGGAGAGUCAGAGAAGCAUCCCGGCCUUCUGCGGUCGUGUCUGGGAUCAAUGUUUCAGGGGAAGAAGUCGGCGGGCCAAGCGCUGCCGUCGGUCAGCACUGCCGACGUGGAAGAGGGCGACAGCCUGCAUGGAGUCGCGGCGGGAGCGGAGACUGUGGGAGAGAGUUCCGCGGAGUCGACGUCGAGUCGACCGAACGUCUGUGCUUCGUGUGGCGGCGUAGUCGCGUCGGCGGGGGAGACGCUGAUCCUGGUGCCGCCGCUGGAGAUCGACAACGAGGAGGAGUGCGUCGACGAGCAGCGGCGGAAAAAGACUUGUCAGGAGACUUGCUUCGACCGCGUCGAGUACAUCAACCCUAUGAAUUUGUUUCGGUUUGCGGCGCGCGUCCGGCGUCACGUGGGCAGUCCGUUUUUCUUGCUGCUUCUCUCCGUUUUCGGCGGAGUCCGAGGCAUUCUGUACGGUCUCACGCACCGUUCGCUCUUGCCGUACUUGAAGAGCAUCGGCCAAGACGCGGCGACGUAUCAGGGGAUAGACGCCCUGGGGACCGUGAUCUGGGGAAUGAUGGGUGUAGUCGGCACCGUCAGCGAUUCCAUUCCCCUUGGCGGAUAUCACAAGCGGUACUACAUGCUGGUCGCCAACAUCGUCGGAGUAUGCGGUGUGGCGUUGUUGGCCUGCUGCCCCGCGCACUUGGUUGCGGAGAACGUCUGGAUCGUCGGCCUGGCCAUGUUCCUGAUCUGCACACAGAUGAGUACGCUGGUGCUCAUGUGCUCGGGCAAGUACAGCGAGAUGAUGGAGAAGAAUCCGGAGAUGAAGGCCGACAUCGUGACCUUCGUCUUCAUGUGUUGGAUGGUCGGAAAUUUGGUCGGAACGUCGAUCGUGGGACCGAUCUCGGACGCAGUGGGGACGCAGCCGCUGUACUACCUGGCGCUGCCAAUAGCGGCGCAGUCGGUGAUCCCCAUUGUUUUUGGCUUCUUGCCCGAGGAGAAAGUCAAGUUCCGCGUCCUCACAAACAAGCUGCUGGGUCACAAACGGUUUUUUCUCAUGGCACUCGCGAUCGGUGUGGCGGCCACAGGUGUGGUUGCCAUCACCAUGGCGUUUCCAGGUUCCAGCGUCGUCAUGAUUCCCUACUGCUCCCUCGUCUCCGUCGUCCUCAUCGUGCUCUGUCUGCUGUGUUUGCCGCCGAAACUCGCAAAAUGCAACAUGUAUCUCUUCUUCUGGGGGCUGUUCAACGUCUCUGUCUCGGGCGCGCUCGACUACUUCUACACGGCGAGUCCGAAGUGUCUCCCGGACGGCCCACACUUUGACUACACUUACUACGCGACGUACAUCUCCGUUGUGAGUACGCUGGCGAACUGGGCGGGCAUCUGGGUCUUCCACUCCUUCCUCUCGGACUGGACCUUCAGGCACGUUUUCUGGCUGUCGAUUGCGGUCCGCGCGGUCGCCUCGCUCUUCGACUACAUCAUGGUGCUGCGACUGAACGUGUACAUUGGCAUUCCCGACAAGUUCAUGUACCUCUUUGGUGACGCCAUCAUCCUCAACCUGGUCAACACUCUGAACCACAUGCCGGGGUACAUCCUCACUUCGCGGCUCUGCCCCAGUGGCCUGGAGAGCACGGCCUACGCCGUGAUGGACGGCAUGUCGCAUCUGGGCUGGAACUUCUCCAAGCAGUUUGGCGUCUUCGCCACCGAGCUCGCGGGCAUCGAGACCGGCGAAAACAGUCCCGGCGGCUGCGACUUCACGAACCUCGGGAACCUGACGCUGAUCACGCAGUUCGCGCUCCCGCUUCUCGCCAUCCCGCUGUCGUUCCUUUUGCUGCCGAACUCGUCGAUGUCUGAGCGCGUGCGUCAGGACCUCCACGAAGCCGUCGACGCGGACAAGACUGACGAAGGCAAAAACAACCGAGAACUGAACCGAGUCAUCAGCGAAAGCACCCGGUGUUCCGCCACGGACCGCGGCAGCACCACGACCAGUGUCGCGGAAACGGUGACUCCGCCGACAGGUGUAUGUACACCAGGCGGCGCGAGUGCCGUGAGCGAGAACGGCGAAGGCGUCUCGCUGGAGGUUGAGGACGACAACUUAUUUUUCAAGCCGACAGGCGGGGACGGCCUGCAAGACGACGCCGACGCACCCCGCAGGAGCUACGGCGGCUCCUCCCAUGACCGCCGCAUGCGUUUUGUGCGCAUUCGACGCGGCGAGGCAGACAUGCUAACUGUGUCUCAGUCGUCUUCCGAGGUGGAGGCGGUGGUCGACGAUGGAGAGGCCAAGGCGCCGCCGUCGAAAGCCAUCGAGGGAGGUUGUUCAGAAGGUGGGCACUGGUCUCGCGGCCUCCGGGAGCACCGCCAUGUGGAGGGAUCGCAGCGAGGCGGAGCGCCGCCGCGCGUGCGGUCUUUCGGGCACCCUCGUUCUCGGUCGACUGCGUCAAAAGCCACUGCCGGUGAUGAGGGAAUGGACGGGAAGGGAUGCAUCAAAGCGCGUCAGGAGAGAGAAAUCUCGGGGAGCGGUCGGUGCGCGUACUGGGCGGUGUCGGGAGGUGAAGACAGCCUGCGAGUGGAGGCGGCCUGGCGUUCCGAGGUGGUGAGGCCGCAGCCGCCGAACAGCCCAGGUAUCUUCGCCUGCAGUUCACCGCUUUCUGGGGAGAAAGCCGAAGAAGACGGGGAGGGAAUGUUGCCUCUGGGCCUCAGACGUGGAGGCAGUUACUUUCUCGCGAAGGGAGGCAUUCUUGAUUUCGCUUGCGACCAUGAAGUCGGCGCGGACUCGCCGACGAACAGCGCGUUGCCUGUCUUCAGUGAGUGAGGGAAAAACAUGGAGGCGCCAGGAAAACAGCUAACAAGCAGCGGCGAGCCUCACACAGGGCUACGGAAAUCAUGUGCGGUGCGCAGGUAGCGGCGUCAGGAGCUGGAGAAAGAAUGCAGGGACUCUUGACGCCUUGCAAAAUUCACCGUAGGGAGGACCGGGGCAUUGCUCUACAGAGAGCCAGGUCACGCAAGAGGUAACGUUCUUGCUUUUUCUUUUUCGUCCACGCGAGAAUCCACCGCGGUAGUUCGUGCUUCCGUCUAAGCUGGAGGGGACACCGGUGUCUCGCCACAGAAGUCUCCAAAGCUGCGCAUGCACGGCCGUCGGGCUUGCGGCUUUCAGUGGAAGACGGCAGUCGAUCUCGUCUGCGGUGGAGGCGGCGCUACGCGGGGCGAAGUCAUAGCCGCAGCCAUCGGGCACCACAACUUUCUUUUCGUCGCUGGAAGGCGUCUGUUUGGGAAACGUUGGACGAACCGUUCGUCCAUCUCGAAGUUCCACGAGCCGAAGACAGAAUAUGCGCCGUUCGAGUGGCUGUGAUCCGAGGCCUCAUCGUUUGCGGGAUGUUUUAGGUGGACGCACUCAGAGCGGCUGCCAGGGAGAGGAGAGGCGAAGUCGACGCUAUGCGCCACUGUUUGAUAGUGCAUGUUGAUGUUUUAGGCUGUAGCGUUGAUUUGGUGACAGCACUCAUUUAGGAGUUGCGGUGGUAUCUAACAUUUUUGUAUCUUGAUACGAUCGUACUUUUCUGCGCCCGUUCGCACGAAGGUUGUGCCUCGCGUGUCGAGACCUCUGAGCAGCAUCCCUCAUUUUAAUUUUCCCUUCUCAUGCUCGGGCGAGGAACCUUCCUGUUGCUUCGCAUUUCAAAAAACGAUGGCUAAAAUGUUGUCAUGCUUGUUCUCUGCUAGCCGCGUCCUUCCUCCCGCCCUGAGAAUUUUCACUGUAAAGAGUUCAGGGGCCGUUCACCGAAUGGCCGUGCGCUGUAUCCUCGUCAGUGAGGCAGCUCUCACUUUCUCUGGAACAGUCACACUCCAGAAAGCACUGCAGGUCCGGCACACGAACACAGCCAUUUACUUCUUAACCGUCCCACAGUCGCGCCUUGGAGUUCUGGCGCUCCCUACGUGUGAAGCGUGGACGACUGGCUGGCUCUCGUGCCAGGUCAAGCCGGUCUCUGGAACUUGGUGACGGAGUGCAUUUUCGUUCUCACACCAGGGAUGGGGCAGCCAAUCCGCAAAUCCCUAGCGAGGAACCACUGGACCGAGAGCUUCUUGAGGACCAUUUCCUCACAAGUGCUCAAUAAAGGGCUUUUUCGCGCGUAGCUCGCGUGGACGGCAAGCUGAUAGUUCUCCUCUGUGCAUGUCAUUGCGCAAUUUUUGGGGGUGUCAUGUCGAUUCGCCGCUGUUUGGGGCCAGUCAAAAAACCAAGCUGUAACUGUCACAUGUUACCAUUCCACCGUCGUGAUGACCGACCGACUGUUCGUGUGCCUCUCUUACACAUUCGCCUCCGCGUCCGCCUGCCCACAUGUGUGGCACUUUGUCGUGCUUUAUGUCCGUCCACGCUCUUCUGGACCUCUCCACCGUGCGGCUUCCGUGUCUAGUCUCGCGUGAAAGAAAAUGGGAGGCACCCCUUUCCAGGCACCACGCAGAGAUCCUCAGUGCCCGUGGAAGUGAAGACUGGGGCUGCCGGAGGACGCCUUUCUCCGGCUCCGCCGCAGGGUUGUCCCCCUUUUGGCGCGUCCAAGGUGCUCUUACACAGAGUUGUUCGAAAGACACUUCGGCGGCAGGACAUACCGAGGCCUAACCAGUUUCUGCUGGUUGAGGAGGUUCUCCCCUGCGAUCCGGCGGUUCGGCCUGCGCUUGAUCGUCACGCCUGUCUGCGUUUCGACUGUUUUGUGUUGUAGAGCGUCCGUGUGUGUUUUCGAUCCGUAGGGAAGCUUUGCGACAGAGGGGAUCCGAUCCUGAGGAGUGUCCAGUCCGAACAAACACGCGGCGCCAGUUGGCCAUAAAAUCUCGGUGUUCUC